CGUGUGUCUGUGGGCUUUUGAGCCACCGUCGUUGAGAUCGCGGUCAGCCAGGUUCCCGGAAGCCCAGAUUGCUUGCUCAAUAGCCGGGGACUGGUGCGGUGAGAAGUCCCGGCAAGAAGUUUUUCCCGGAAAAUCAGUGAUCGGAUCGGAUGUAUUCUCUGUAAAGUUCCGAUCAAGUCCAGAACACGAGGAGGAAGCUCAAAAAGCUCUUAUCUAUCUCAGCCUAGGUCCAUCAACUCGAAAUGACCGAACCAGUGAAUAGACAGCCUCGAUACUGGGAGGAGGGACAUCUGAGCUUCUCCGGCGGAGGUUUCAUCGGUAUCUAUCAUGUAGGCGUCGCUAUAGCCUUCAAAAAAUUUGCACCGCACAUCACAUCGCGGAAGGUCCUGGGCGCAUCAUCGGGCGCCCUGGCGAGCAUGUGUCUGGUGACGAACAUGCCUAUCGAUCAAAUCAUUAAAGGAAUAGCGACAAUGUCGACACAUUGCCGCUCUCUGGCCCUCGGACCCUUCGACCCAAGGUUCAGCAUCUUCAAUAUCAUGAAGACCGCGCUAACAGAAAACGCCUGCGAGGACGCUCAUCAAAUAAGCACCAACAAAUUGUUCAUCUCUCUCACGCGGGCCACCACGCUGGAGAAUAAAAUGAUGAGCGAUUUUGAAUCCCGGGAAGAGCUCAUCGACGUUCUCCUCGCUUCCUGCUUCAUACCCUAUUUUCUGGGUCUGGUUCCACCGACGAUUCGCGGGGUUAGUUACAUAGACGGAGGUUUCACCGACAAUCUCCCGACGCACGAUGAAAACACGAUUACGGUUUCGCCAUUCGCUGGAAUGGCAACGAUACGGCCUCGACCGAGUACGUCAAAGUUACCGGACAUCAUCUAUACCCCCGAGAAUGCUAUACGCAUGGUGAAGACAGUUUUCUCACCCCCUCCGAAAGCCCUAGCUGAAGUGUGUCAAGAAGGAUUCAAGGACGCUCUGGAGUUCAUAAGAGAGCAUGAUCUAUUCGCAUGCGAAUCUUGCGCCCUCCUGCCCAAUAAACCCGAGACUCGCUCUUGUCGUCGAUGCCUCGACCUGAUAAGCGAGGCCGAAAACGCGGGUGUC